AUGGGGACACCGCAUCCCAUUCUGCCUGGCUCAGUUCCUCAGGCUGCAACGCUGUUUCUUGGGCUGAGGACGGCACUGUCCAGUUCAUUUGGAAAGCCUAUGCUGGAGUCACCAUAUAUGUGGGUUUGAACCAAACUUUUUGUUCAAGUAAGUCUAUGCACCUCAGAUCCAAAUUUGGUGGUGUUCCAGGAUACCUGCAGCACCACUCCGACUGACUUUGCAUCUCCAACCUGUGACCUCAGCAAGAGUGGAUGUAAUUGAGAUGAGACUUGUAAGGCAAGAUUCCAGUUUAACUCCUUUGAAUUCUUGAGGAGUCUGGGCUCCGUGUAUCUCGAGUGUAAGGUUUCAUAGUGGUAGUAGUAAUCAGUCUCACUGCCACCAGACUUUUUCUGAAGGAAAAGAGACAUUUCUUCAUACAAAUAGAAGACUAAUUCUGUCAUAGGAUGCAUUCAUCUGAAAAGGGGUUGACGGGCAAGUGGAAAUUCAGAAUUUCAGUAUCAAAUGCAUGAAACUCAGAUUCAACCUUUUAACAAUCUGCAUCUGUUUUCAUUCAUGGUCCUUGUUCUGAAUAUUGUGAUUGUGGCUACAAUUCUAGCAAGGCAUUUUGUGAGUCAGAGAACAGACUACAAAGUGCAGAAGCUGCAGGACUAUUAA